AUGGAACCAGAGCCGUCCCCUGCUGCUCUCCUCAAGGCUAUCACAGCCCUCACAACCACAGUCGGGUCCUUGCAGGACCAAAUCCGCGCCCAAAGCCAACAAAUCACCAAGCUUAGGGCCAUAUGCAAGGAAACAGCGGACCUCCUUGGGGAUAAGGAUCAAGGAGCCCCCCAAACCCAGCCUGGCCCAUUGACUGGGCCUGUCACUCCCCCUACCCACACAGGGGGAGAAGCCCACACUCCAGGCACGGUUAGGCCUGGGCUCAAGGCCCCAUUCAGGCCAUCAAGAGGAACGGGAUUUGAUUCCAAGGAAGACAAAGAACCAAGGCGUCCCAAAAAGGAGCCUCAAGGAACGCCUAGAAGGCACCUUGGGUCACUUACCCCCUUUGAUGCUGGGUCCAGUGUAAAGAGACCCAAGAUGGACCUCCCUGACCCAUACACGGGAGAUUCCAGGGGCUGCAAAGCCACCCAAUGGCUGGAUAGAAUGAUGCUCUGGGUGGCCCUCCACCAAGACCAAUUUGAUGAGGAGGAGCAGAUGGUUGUGUGGAUCCUUUACCACAUGACCAAUAAGGCCGCAGACUGGGCACUCCCCAUUAUUGGGGCAAUUAUCAAGGGCAAAGGAAGCCCCCCUACCACCAUCCAGGCCCUAACAGGCAAAUUCAAGGAGGCGUUUGCUGACCCAGAUGCCAAGAGGGCUGCUGCCAGAAAAAUUGCGGUACUCUCCCAAACCACUACCACCUCUGAGUACGUCACGGAGUUCCGCAAUCUCAUGGCGGAAUUAGACUGGAACAAGGAGGCUUAUAUUGCGCAGUUCACGCGAGGCCUCCACUGGAAAGUUAAGGAACUGCUAUCAACCAAGGAUAGCGUCCCUGACAAACUCAAAGCCAUUUUUGCGGCUUCCAUAAAAAUUGACAACAUUUGCCGCAAAAAUGAGGAGAACCGCCCAAAAAAGGCACCCACCAAGUCCCUGGCCACCGCGGCCACCACCUCCACUACCACCACACAACAGGUCCGACUAUCAGAGGAUCCCAAUUACGUUACCCCAGAGGAAAGGGAUUGCUGUUGCGCGUCUGGCCUCUGUGUCAAGUGCAGUCAAAAGGGGCAUGGCAUCAAACAGUGCCCUAACGGUUGGAAGGCAACUAUCAAGGAAGUUGCCAAGGUAGCUGAGGAGGAAUUGGGAAAAGAAUAA